AACGCAUAAUGUAGACAUUGUCACGUGUGCUUUCGAGGGACGCGCACAAUAUCAGAGUACGCAACAGGACCACAGCGCUGAUUCACUGAAUCGGUAUGGAUACAAUAAGUUAUUUUGCCUCCUCUGUGAAAAGCGUUUUUACUACAUUAAUUCCCCCAGCACGGAUCAUUCAGGACACAUGUAUGUGUGAUCUAAAAACUGCAUGUUUCUUUAUUACGCUUUAGUUUAAACAUAUUCCAUUUCACUGGGAUUAUAGGACUUCAUAUUUCAUCACGAAAUGGACGCUUCUGGUGGAUCAUGGAUCAAAUACAAAGCUUUUCAUUUACAUCUAAUGGUCAACACAAUAUGUUUCUAUGGUAUGCCAUUAUCUAGUUUUGCUGAUGUUAGCAAAGCUUUUAACGGCCAAGUGAAGUGGUCCAACUUGACGGUAGUAAAGCAGCACCCUUUCUCCUCCUGGUACCAAAUAUCUGAUGGACCCGACAACGACAAGCUAGGAGCUACGCAGUCUCCAUACAGAUGGCUCACAGCGCUGUCUUUUUCCAGACCUGUCUAUUCUUUUCAAGUGAGAGAGGACACACAACCAGGAAUGGUAGUGGGGAAGUUGGAAGCCGAAGGACCCAGAAAACGAUUGACUGACGCUAUCUUCUCUGUGCUGGAGGAUGACGGAGAGGGCCUGUUCCUCCUGAGCCCCGUUUCUGGAGACUUCCUGCUGUCACGCUCAAUGGACUAUGAGACCCAGAGACUCUAUAUCCUGACUGUGGUAAUGAUGCAUCGACACUCAAGAGUGAGCAGUGUCAGGGUCUAUUUCAACGUGCUGGAUGUUAAUGAUAACCGACCUGUGUUCGGACUGGACAACUACUUCAUCAAUGUAGCAGAGGACUGCCCUGUCAGAACAUGCUUCCUCUCUUUCAAUAUAUCCGAUGCAGAUGAUGGUGUGAAUGGUGAGGUGGAUAUAGAGGUGAUUGACGGAGAUGACAACACCACAUUCUCGGUCAGCUCAGACGGAGCUCUCUGCCUCAACACAGAGUUAGAUCGAGAAAAGAGCUCAGACUACCGUCUAACAGUCCGUGCUACUGACCGUGCUUCGUCCGUUUCUCAACGUCUCACUGCCACGGGACAUGUUGUCAUCAAUGUAGACGACAUAAAUGACAACGCACCGUCCUUCGUGUCAGCUAGUAGUGUCUCCAUCCCGGAAGACACUGCUGUCCAGACAGUGGUCAUGGUGAUACAGGCAGUAGAUGCGGAUUCAGGAUCCAAUGGGUAUGUCAUUUAUACCCUGGAGGACACACAAGUUAGUCUGUUUAAUAUCAACAGUACUAGUGGUCAUCUGUACCUGCGGCAGCCUGUGGACAGAGAGCAGGUGGAUACGCUGACUGUCACUGUGACAGCCACAGACAGAGGAUCUCCUCCACUGGCCUCCUCUAUGGACAUCACAGUCUACGUGGAGGACGUUAAUGAUCACAACCCAGAGUUUACACACAGCUACUACAGCCUGGCAGUCAGAGAGGACACCCCCAGAGGAACCAGUCUGCUGCAGCUCAGUGCUCUGGAUUUAGACAUUGGCUCCAAUGGACAGGUGCAUUAUGAGUUGUCCCAGGAUUCGAUAAGAGGCAUUGGGGAUGCAUUUGAUGUGCGCUACCAGUUGUCUCAGGAGAGACCGUUCCAGGUGGACUCUGUCCGAGGCAUCUUCUCCCUGAUGGACAGGCUAGACAGGGAGAUGGUCUCUACUUAUGUGCUGCUCGCCACAGCCGUUGACCGGGGCCAUGUCUCAAGGUCCACCUCUUCUGUGACACACUGA